AUGAAUUACAAAAGAAACUCUUGGUUCAUGCUUUUUCUUCGACGACCCAAACCAAGCCCCUCUGUCUAGAUUUAGAUCAUCCCAAAAGCUCUCUGUGUCCAAAUCCAACAAAACCCACGUCGGUUCUUCACAAAUCUUCAUUACCCAUAUCUUAAAUCUCAGAACUCUAAUUUCUAGAUCAGAAAGUUCUCACUUUUCUCUCCUAUUUCUCUACAUACACACAUAUCCAUGUGCAUAAAAAUGUUAUAAUACAGCUAGCUCUAUUGUUAUCGUUCUUGUAUUCUUUCAGCUUCUUGUGAUGUUAUUCCAAGUUCUAAUGCAGAUAAAUACAGAUACAUGAACGUGAAUCUUGUGCCUUUCUCGUUUCCUUUCUUUCUUUCUGGAUGGUUUUAACAUGCAGUUGCUUUGUGUGGAUUAAUAAAAUACGUGAAGAGGGGUUUUGAAGAUAGAAUUAGAGAUGGCAAAUCAGGUGGUGAAAGUGAAGAGAGAUACGAUUGCAGCAUGCAUGACAUGUCCUCUUUGCGAUAUGUUAUUGAAAGAUGCCACUACCAUAUCUGAAUGUCUACAUACGUUUUGCAGAAAGUGCAUAUAUAAGAAGAUAUCAGAUGAGGGUGUAGAAUGUUGUCCAAUAUGCAAUAUCGAUCUGGGUUGUGUUCCAUUGGAAAAAUUAAGGCCAGAUCACAAUUUGCAAGAUGUAAGGGCCAAGAUUUUCCCAUUUAAAAGAAGAAAGGUAGAGGCACCUGAAGUUACAUCCUCGGUUAUAUUACCGGUUAGAAGAAAGGAGAGAUCACUUUCAUCACUGGUGGUCAAUGCUCCCAAAGUAUCAGCGCAAACUACAACAACUGGAAGAAGAACAAGACCUGUUCUAAGAAAGGCUACUGCUUUACGAAUUUCCAAUUUUCCUAUUGAAAAGCGCAUUAAAAAGGAGGACGAUCCUGCCGAAGACCAUCUAGAGAACUCAAGUUCUCCUGAAACUGUAAAUAAGUUCAAUCAGAACACUAAACAGAAUUCUUCCUCUGCUGAGGCCAGCUUAUUUGCUCCCAAUAAUGAAGCAGAGAAUGGUGCUGAGUCAUGGGAUGGGAAAUCGGAUCUUUGGCAACCAUUAAAUUGUUUAGUAGAAGUUGCAAAUAGGUCCAAGUCUUUCAAGUCCAUACAAGUUUCUGAUGCUAAACAAGAAGCUACACAGGGUCAUGAAAAUGAGCCUCAAGUGCGGAAAACUAAAUUUAAGGAAGAAAAGUUAAAAGUAGAGGAUGAGAAGAAUAACAUUGAUACACCUUCAGAUGCUGCAGGACCCAAAAGGCUGCGCAGAAUUCGUCGAAAAAAGGCAGCUAAUUUUGGGGAUUCAGGCAUUUCAUCCCAAGCUGUGCUGAAUGCUGCCAGUGUAAAUCAUGAAAAAAGAGCUGGUCCAGUUUGGUUUUCACUAGUAGCUUCAGAGGACCAGGAAGGAGAUGCACCCUUGCCACAAAUUCCUGCAAAUUAUUUGAGGAUAAAGGAUGGAAAUUUACCUGUUUCUUUCAUCCAGAAGUACCUGAAGAAGAAACUUGACCUUGCUAGUGAAGCUGAGGUUGAGAUCAAAUGCAUGGGACAACCAGUAGUUCCCACAUUAUUGUUAUACAAUUUAAUUGAUCAAUGGGUACAGACAGCAUCGACAUCUGAACGAGUAACAACAUCUAUAGGUUCUUCAGCAAAGGAUUUCGUGAUGGUGCUGGUCUAUGCUCGAAGGGUCCAGGAAAAGGAGUAAUGUUUCUUUUCUGCGGUCUACUUUCUCAACUUCAUGUGCUUCUUCGAACCUCAUUGGUGGCAAGCUGGUGGGGAUUUCUCCAAUGUCACUUAUGAGCCUGGAUUCAAUUCCACCAAUGAGUUUUCUACCACACGGGCAGCUGGCACUCUGCAGCUUACGAUGCUCUGCUGCAGGAUUACGAGGGCCGAAGGUGUGGCAUGUUAUUAGAGGUGCAAGUGCACAGUUGUUGAGAUUAUUCCAUUUCGACAGAUCAUCUUAUGAUAAACAUUUGAAGAUGUACCAAAAUAGUUGUUUCACCUGCAAUGCUACACGCGACUUAAGAUGAUAAAGAACUGUAACUGUUACAAUUAUUAAUAUAAACAUCAUUAUAUGUA